GCAACCUCAAACUCUUGGGCUUAAGCGAUUCUCUUGCCUCAGCCUCCCAAGUAGCUGGGACUACAGGUGCCCGCCACAACGCCCAGCUAUUUUUUUGUUGUUGUUGCAGUUGUCAUUGUUGUUUCAGCUGGCCCAGGCUGAGUUCAAACCCACCAGCCUCAGUGUGUGUGGCCGGCGCCCUACCCACUGAGCUGUGAGUGCUGUCCCCCUCCAAGCUUCUUAAAGAGAAAAGCUAGCAUGAGACUCACCUUCAUUUCAAGGUAGAAGGGCCUUGGCCCUUCCAUUUAAAAAUAGUGAGGGUUGGAGUGGUGGCUCACACCUGUAAUCCUAGCACCCUGGGAGGCCAAGGUGAGAGGAUCCUGGGGGCUCAGGAGUUUGACGCCAGCCUGAGCAAGAGUGAGACCCCUAUCUAUACUAAAAAUAGAAAAAUUACCGGAAUUAUGGUGGGCACCUGUAGUCCUAGCCACUCAGGAAGCUGAAGCAGGGGGCUACCUUGAGCCCAGAAGUUUGAGGUUACUGUGAGCUAGGCAAAGGCCAUGGAUGGCACUCUAGCUUGGGUGACAGAAUGAGGCUGCCUCAAAACAAACAAACAGAAAAAACAGUGAGGAAGUGUGGUAAGGAGGGCUGGGACUGGAAACAAAGAUUGAUCUACUUUUCUCAUUUUGUUCUCAAAAGCCCUUAAACCUUCCAUUUUUCGUCCCUGUUACAGAGGUCUAGGCCAACCAUGCCUGUAAUCCCAGCACUUUGGGAGGUUGGAGGAGGAAAGAUUGCUUCAGGUCAGAAGUCCAAGACCAGCUUAAACAACAUAGUGAGAUUUCCAUCUCUAUGAAAAACAGGAAAAUCAGCUGGAUAUUGUCAUGUACACCUGUAGUCCCAGCUCCUUAGGAGGAUUGCUUGAGCCCAGGAGUUCCAAGACUGUAGUGAGUUAUGAUUGCACCACUACAUUCCAGGCACCUGAGCAACUCAGUGAGACUGUCUCUUAAAACAAACAAACACAAACAAAAAAUAGAGGUGUGGCACUACUUCUAGAAUGCCCCAAAUCUAGGCAACUUUUCCCUUAAAUGAGAAACAGCAGCUAGGUUCGGGCCUUCCCAACCCACAGCCCUCUACCAGCCUUGGUGGACUUUGCUCUGAGGAAUGUUGCAUCACCACCGCCACCACCUCUCUGGGUUUCCUCAGACAUCACAGAACACGUCCCCUGCCCCUGCUUGCUCUGGCUCUCUUCCAUAUGCUCCAGUCUAGUUGGACUCUGGGCAGCCAGCACAGCCAGGGUCAGGGAGUGACUUCCAUGCCUCGUGGCACUGCCACCUGGGCCUGAGCAAGAGGGCUCUGUUUUCUAACGGCAUCCCUCUGCCCCCCACAAUUCCUAACUCCUGUCCUAGUCUCAGUGCUAGAAAUAAAGAGAACAGAAUUCUUCUGGCCAAGAGGCCCUAGGGAAAUAACGACUGGAACUCACAGCUGGUUCAUAGAAACUGCUACAGUAGUGGGCAAGUUAGAAAGACUGGAGAUAUGGCAGAAAAUUGCCCUUCCCCACCUGGCUCAUGUGGAAUUCCCUCCCCCAGUCCCAGGCCUUGGGGACUGAGUAUGUGAAAUCAUCCUCUUUCUUGCAUCAUGCGUGUCCACAUUGCCCCCCCUCAUACCCCUACCUCAAGCCCAGUCAUCAUGGACAGAUGGUGAAACCUGAGCUGGGUGGGGAGGACCUCCACCCCCUGCAAGGACCUGAUGAGCAGCACAGCUGGCCAAUCCUGGGGCUCAGAGGGUAGGUCAGUCUACUGACCAUUAGGUUUGGGAGCCCCCAGCAGUUGGCUCUAAAGAGGCCCCAGGUCAGUAGCCAGACAUGAGCUGUGAGGGUCAAACACAGCUAUCCAUCAGAUAAUCUACUUUCAGCCUUCCUGAGUGCCAGACUAUAGAAGACAGGUGGCCCUAACCUUGGCCAAGGGUAGGUGUGGCACUUGUGUCUGCUGCCACUGUGCCCUCAUUGGCUCCCACGCAAUCAGACUCAACAGAUGGAGCAACUGCCAUCCAAGGCUCCUGACCCAGGGCAGUUCACCAGGAGCAUGGGCUUCCCUGAUGUCCAGCUCUCACUGGUGCUGCUGUGGGUUGUGGUGUGGGCACAGGGGGCAGGAUCUGUGUGUCCCUCCUGUGGGGGCCCCACACUGGCACCCCAAGCAGAGCGAGCUCUGGUGCUGGAGCUAGCCAAGCAGCAAAUCCUGGAGGGGCUGCAACUGGCCAAUCGCCCCAGAAUAACUCGUCCUCCGCCCCAGGCAGCACUGACCAGAGCCCUUCGGAGACUACAGCUGGGGAGUGUGGCUGCAGGGAAUGGGGAGGAGGUCAUCAGCUUUGCUACCAGCACAGAUUCCUCUACUUCAGCCUGCAGCUCCAUGCUCACCUUCCACCUGUCCACUCCUCAGUUCCACCACCUGUACCACGUCCGCCUCUGGCUGCACGUGCUGCCCACCCUUCCUAGCACUCUUUACUUGAGGAUCUCCCGAUGGGGCUCCAGGAGGAGACACCACCGAGGGUCCCGCACCUUCCUGGCUGACCACCAAAUGACUACCCCAGGCUGGCAUGCCCUGACGCUGCCCUCUAGUGGUUUGAGGGGUGAGGAGUCUGGUGUCCUGAAACUCCAGUUGGACUGUAGACCCCUAGAAGGCAACAGCACAGUUGCUAAACCACUGAGAUGGCUCCUGGACACAGCCGGACACCAUCGGCCCUUCCUGGAGCUUAAGAUAAGAGCCAGUGACCCUGGAGCAGGCCGGGCCAGGAGGAGGACCCCCACCUGUGAGCCUGGGAACCCCUUAUGUUGUAGGAGAGACCAUUACGUAGACUUCCAGGAGCUGGGAUGGCGGGACUGGAUCCUGCAGCCCGAGGGGUACCAGCUGAAUUACUGCAGUGGGCAGUGCCCCCCGCACCUGGCUGGCAGCCCAGGCAUUGCUGCCUCUUUCCAUUCUGCCGUCUUCAGCCUCCUCAAAGCCAAUAAUCCUUGGCCUGCCAGUACCUCCUGCUGUGUCCCCACUGCCCGAAGGCCUCUCUCUCUCCUCUACCUCGAUCAUAAUGGCAAUGUGGUCAAGACAGAUGUGCCAGAUAUGGUGGUGGAGGCCUGUGGCUGCAGCUAGCAAGGGGACCUGGGGAUAUGGAGUGAAGAAAUCAAGUUGAGGGUUCUCAAGCAAAGGGCAUCUGUCGCUGGAGGCAUCAGGUUCCUGAUCCACACCCCCAACCAAUAGCUACCUGACAGUAUGACUGGGUCAACCCCAUGGGAUCCAAAUGGUCACUUUCUUGUUCCAAACACUGGCUUAUUCUAGGCUGGUUGAUGUGUGGGGAGACGGUAAAGUGUUUCCUCUAAAAGAGUGUACCCAGAAAGCAUGGUUCCUACCCUAAGUCUUGUGAGAAGAUGAUAGGGCUAGGGAAGGAGGGAGGGGAGAAGAAUGCAGAGAAAAAUUACUUAGUCUCUCCCAAGGAGAGAGAGAAAGUCCUCAAGUGAGGGAAAGAAGAAGCAGGGAGGAUAUCACAGGCUGUGGGAGGGCAAACAGGCUGGCCCAGGGUGAGGACUUGUAGAAGUGCUUUAACAGAACGCCAAGGGGGAACGGGCAAGGUGCUGAGGGAAGAUGUCUAGGACAGCCCCAGAAGUGGGAGUCUAGAGAGAGGAUGCUAAGCCUAAGAAGUCCCAUGGUCUUCCCGAGGAACAGGACCUACUAGGGAGACAAGCAUUUAUAUUCUCUUAUUUGUGUGUGUAAAAAAGAUGUCUAUCUCACAUGAUUAGCUGACUACAUAGCAUUUAUACUUUCUUAAUAAAAUGAGAAUGAAAAUCAACAAGUGUGAAUUAUAAACAAGGGUUAGGGUGACAGUCCAGAGAAUAGUUCUCAAAAUGUGGUCUGGGGACCUCUGAGAGUUGCCUGAGACCCUUUCAGGGGUGUCUACAAAUUCAAAGUUGUUUUCAUAGUAACACUAAGAUGUUAUUUGCCUUUUUUAUUCUAUUUCAAAUGUGUACAGCAGAGUUUUCCAGAGGCUACGCAGCGUGUGAUUACAUCAUCUAACAUCACUGUUAAUGGAAUGUGUGCUUGCGUAUUCUUGUCUUACCAUUUUUUCAGUUUUAAAUUCUUAAUAUGGUGAACUGAUAGAUACAAACCAUAUGAACAAAAGCUCAAAAAUUUUUAGAGUAUAAAUGGGUCUCAGAACCCAAACCUUUUAGUAUUACUGAUCUACAGAGCCAAGUGGGGAGAAGAAAACAGCAUGUUCUAAGAGCUCCUCUUGAGCAAAGCUGGUAGCCCCAAUUACUUGGGAGGCUGAGGUAGGAGGAUUGCUUCAGGUUGGGCGUUCAAAGUUACAGCGCACUAGGCUCACACCUGGGAUAGCCACUGCACUUCAGCCUGGGCAAUAUGGAAAGACCCCAUUCUAAAAAUUAUUAAAGAGCUCCUCUGAAACGCGGGACAUGAGGCUGGAACGGGAGCAUGUGUCGUGUACCUUCUUUUUCAGGGACCAUUUCAGUGACUGAGCUGGCACCUAAGACUCUGGGUCCCAGAUCUUAAGCUAACUUCACCUUUUCUUCUCCCUCUUGACUACAGACUGACCAGUUAACCUUCCAGGCUCAAGGAGGUGGUCCUUGGAAGCAGAGCUAGAAUACACA